UUGGCUGGACGGGACAUGGCCUGGUGGCCGAUUGGAGCGUCUCUCUUUGCCAGUUCAGAAGGUUCAGGUUUGUUUAUUGGGCUGGCUGGCACCGGAGCGGCUGGAGGAAUCGCUGUCACUGGUUUUGAAUGGAAUGCCACCUAUGUGUUGCUGGCUCUGGCCUGGGUGUUUGUGCCUGUCUACAUCUCCUCAGGGAUUGUGACAAUGCCGGAGUACCUGGGCCGUCGUUUUGGGGGAGAGAGGAUCAGAACCUACCUGGCUGUCCUCUCACUGCUGUUGUCCAUCUUCACAAAGAUAUCAACUGACCUGUACUCUGGAGCCUUGUUUGUUCAGGUGUGUCUGGGAUGGAACCUCUACGUGUCCACUGUCCUCAUGCUGGUGGUUACGGCACUCUACACUAUUGCAGGGGGUCUUGCUGCUGUCAUCUACACCGACACUCUACAGACAUUCAUCAUGAUUAUAGGAGCAAUCAUCCUAACAGUCACUGCCUUCAACAAGAUUGGUGGCUACAGCAACCUGGAGCGUGUGUACAGUAUGGCGAUUCCCAGUAAGAUCAUUCCCAACAGUACCUGCCACCUGCCGCGUGAGGAUGCCAUGCACCUGUUUAGAGAUGCCGUCACUGGAGACCUGCCAUGGCCCGGCAUGACUCUGGGGCUCACCAUACUGGCCACCUGGUACUGGUGCACUGACCAGGUGAUUGUGCAACGGUCCCUAUCUGCUAAGAACAUAAGCCACGUGAAAGGAGCAUCAAUCCUGGCUGCCUAUCUGAAGAUACUGCCCUUCGUCUUCAUCAUCCUCCCAGGCAUGAUCAGCCGAGCUCUCUAUCCAGACACUGUAGGAUGUGUGGAUCCAGAAGAGUGUGUGCGAGUGUGUGGAGCUGAGGUGGGAUGCUCCAACAUCGCCUUUCCCAAACUGGUCAUUGAACUCAUGCCAAGCGGCUUGCGUGGACUUAUGAUAGCGGUGAUGAUGGCCGCUCUGAUGUCAUCACUGACCUCCAUCUUUAACAGCAGCUCCACACUCUUCACCAUGGAUAUCUGGAAGAAGUAUCGCUCGCGGGCCUCGGAGAGAGAGCUGCUACUGGUCGGCAGGAUUGUGACUGUGAUCUUGGUGGUGGUGAGUGUGGUAUGGAUCCCCAUCCUGCAGUCGGCUAACAGUGGCCAGCUGUAUGUUUACAUCCAGUCAGUAACGAGCUACCUCGCUCCGCCCGUCACUGCUGUCUUCACCCUGGCUGUCUUCUGGAAGCGGACCAACGAGCAGGGUGCGUUCUGGGGCCUGAUGGUGGGUUUGGUGGUGGGUGUGUGUAGGAUGGUGCUGGAGUUUUCCUUCGCGCCUCCCAGAUGUGGCGUUGUGGACUCCGCACCUGCAGUGCUGCGCAGCAUCCACUACCUCCAUUUCGCCAUUCUGCUCUGUGGGCUCACUGCUAUCGUGGUUACUGUAGUAUCACUGCUUACACCGCCGCCCAGCCCUGAACAGUUGUGUAACCUGACCUGGUGGACUUUGACUGAAGAGCCACCGAGAGAAAUUCCUCUACAGAAAGUGUCCUCUGUCAGCCACCGUAGCUCCCAGGGCUCUGAGCCAACACGGCGGGUGACAUGCGGGACAGGGUUGUGUAUCUCAGCAGCGCGGCGAUCAGAGGAGACUUCAACUCCCAGAGUCCAAAACGUUAAAGAGAGUGUGUUCUGGUCCAGGUUCUGCUGUGUCAAUGCGCUCCUGGUGGUCAGCAUUAACAUUUUUCUCUAUGCAUACUUUGCCUAAGUAGACAAACAGAUUUAACUUCCUGACUCGCACUCCUGCUGAACUCCUGCCAAUCUCUCUCCAACAUCAACUCAUGAUCCAAGAAUGUGGGGAAACAAACUAUGAUUUUUUUUAACGGAUUUUACAUGUAUCCAUCUGAAUCCUGCAGAUGUAUCUUAGGUGUUGUAAUAUAUAUAUAUAUCACCUUUCAAACAAGAAAAACACUGAGAGAGCACAUACCUCUAACCAUAAACCUCUAAAUGUAUUAUUUUGAUAAUAACAAUGUUGCAAUCUUUUUAAAUCUGCAUCUGGAUCCACAUUUGUAUUAAAUUACACAUAAUAAUAGAUAAUUACAGGGUACACUUGGCAGAGUUUUUUCAUUCAAUGAAGUGCAAAAGGUCACGAAGAAAAGGCGAAAUGUUUAAAAAGCUCCAUCUCACAGUAUUUUAAAAUCCUGAGCAGCACAGGCUGCGUUCAGAUGUUGUCUUUUAAAAUCACUUUAUUCGACAUGUUUAUAAAUAAUGCUAUAAUUGUGGAUUCAUGUUAUGAUGUUUAUCUUUUAAUACUUCCCACUAUAGAUUAUUGGUUUGUUCAUAAAACAUUUCACUCCUAUUUGAUGUUACGUAGUUUUAAAGUUUUAGAAGCGCAUUAUACAAAUUACAAUGAAGCUUGUGGUCUGUAACAAGCUAACAUCAAUAUGCAGUUAGCAGUUCAAAUAUGACAUCUAAAUAAAAUAAAUAAAUAAAAGGGCACAACACAUCAGCUUAAGUUUAAAGCUUACAAAAUAAAUAGUAAGAAUACAUCUAUGUGGUUUAGGUUGUACGUGACGUUUGAGUUUAUAUGCUUAAUUGUAAUUAUAUAGUUAUGUUUAUGGCCUUAAGUUAUUGUUCUAGUGUUCUUUCAUGCUAUUUAGCUUGUUUAUGAAUAUAAAUCAGAAUUUCUCAACCUUUUUUGGUCCAAAACAUUCUCCAGCCAGUAGGAUUUUUAACUUGUCAUGUAAAUUAAAAAGUACACACAUUUGUGUUUUGUAUGAAUGAGUGCAGUUGGAGCAUCUAUAUUAUUUAGAAAUGAGAAUUUCAUCAUUUAUUAAUUUUUUUUAGUUUAUCAGACAGAUUAGUUUAUCGGUACUGAAAAUUGCCUCAAACCCCUUUCUUCUCAAACGCCCCCACACAUUAACAACAAGGUUGAGAAACUCUGUGAUAACGUCUAUGUUGCUGUGCAUUUGAAUUGUUAUUUUUUUAAUGGAGAAAAUCAUUGAGAAGUACAGAUUCUUGAAUGUAAAGAACCUCAUGUCUGUAAAAAGACACAUUAUCUUGACAGCUUGUCUAUCAAAUGUUUUUUUCUUGUGAUAUCUCAAAUAAAUGUAAAGAUAUGUGC